CCACAAGGACAGUUCUGCAACGGUACAACCGUUCACCUCAGAUCUUUAUCACGAGGACCGUACGCCAUAAAUACGGGACGCAUCGAGGAACGCAGUGACUGCGAUUGCAACUUUCAUCUCAAAUCGUCGACAGAUGGAAGACGAGAAACCUUUGGUUAAAAGAAUGUUCGGGAGCCCGCUUUCGCCCGCGGUAGUCGCAGUGGCUGUGCUUGCCCUUGUGUUUGGCUGUGGAGAGUUCGUCAGAGUCGAGAUCAAACUAAGCGAGCAGUCGACACGCAUCCGGGAGCUUGAGAACAUGUUGAAAACACGCGACUGUUUUGAACACCGACAUGCAGCCCCCAGUGACGCAAAAAGAGAUGCGCACCAACGCCAACGAAGGGCAGCCCCGACCCCUACCCCCACGGGAGGACAAAUCCUUAGUUUACAGCAGCAGCUCGCAGCGAUAACAAAGACCUUGGCAGUACUUGCCGCUAGUAAAACGCAGUACGUACAAGGACCCCCUGGAAAUCAAGGCCCCCCUGGACCUAAAGGAGAUAAAGGCCGCCCUGGAAAACGAGGACGACGUGGACCAGCAGGGCCUCCGGGUCAACCUGGAGCCGACGGAAAACAGGGUAUCCGGGGCCCACCGGGAAUCAAGGGUGAGAGGGGGCCGAAAGGGGAUGUUGGGCCUCGUGGGCUUAAGGGGGAGCCUGGGAGAAUAAGGAACGCCCCGAGAGCAGAGAUCUCACCACGAGAACUGAACGUCAACGCAAGUGCGUCUGCACAACUGAAUUGCUCGAUUAUUAGCGGUGACCCAAACGCAGUCGUCAGCUGGAAGAGGAUUGGUGGUGAUUUGCCUGGUAACAGGUCACGCGAUGAUGGCCGCGGGGGAUUGGUGAUCAGAGACGUUAGGAGCAGUGACGCGGGAAUGUAUGAGUGUGCAAGCGCGGGUGGACUGGGCAGGUCACGUGACGUAGCACUUGUGUCGGUAAAUGUCCCCCCUCAAGUGUCGCUCACUCGCGGGCCAACGCAAGUCAUAGUAGGGCACAACGUCACGCUACCAGCAUGUCACGUGACCGGAUACCCCACUCCCCGAGUCACAUGGUACUUGAACAAAGGUCCCCUCCCGAACCGCGCGUCGGUCACGCCGAAUAACAGCGUCGAGUUGUUAUCGAUUCAAGCUCGAGACGCAGGGGCGUACAUCUGCCAGGCUGAGAAUAAGAUGGGGCGCGCGAUGGCAAGCACUAUCCUUCAGGUCGAGCCGAAGUUGGCAUUUACCUACAAGCCUCCAAGCGAGAUAAAAAUGAGUGGAGGAUCUACCAUAACCCUGGCCUGUAGCGUCAAUAAAAAGGCUAUAAUCACGUGGAGUGGGAGUUAUCCCAAUGGAAGGACUGAACGGAAUGGCAACACGCUGACAAUCAAGUAUUCCACCUACAAUGAUGCUGGAUUGUAUACAUGCCGCGCUCAGGCCGGUGACGAAGUGGUGACGGCGACGACAUAUCUACGGUACAAAUGCAAGCAGGGCUGGUAUUACUACAAUGGCAAAUGCUAUCAUUACUCGUCCUUUGAGGAGACCUGGACCCAGGGCCAGAGAUAUUGUUUGGAUCAGGAUGCUGACUUAGCAAUCAUUAACGACCGCGAAGAGAACGAGUUCAUCCGAACCAUUGCGAAGUGUAAGGGUGGAAGCGGGUUCAUUGGGCUGAAGGGGGGAAAUGGCAAUUGGAAAUGGAUUGAUGACAGCUAUCCUCGGUACACCAACUGGGACUCUAGUUCGGGACACUCCGGGAUGUACGUUUAUUUGAGCUCAUCAAGCGGUAAAUGGGGCACGAUCUCCUCGUCAAGCUGGAAGGAUUAUUUUCUUUGUGAAAGGAAUGCGUAUAACUUCUAAGAGAAACUAAACUAAGAGACGCAAGGGUACCACUCAAGCCAUUGAUUUGAAAUAAAAGCCUAUACACCUGCAA